AUGAUUGAAUUUCCAUCCGUGAUGAUGACGGACGAGGUCCUAAAAGAAGCUACCUCUUACCAUUCCUCGCGUGUUGUUUCAUGGAAGGACGGUUCUAUGUCAGGAGCAGUUUAUCCAAUGAACAAUGACUUGAAUGAAUUGCUGAUUCAAAUUCAAAAGAUGACUCUCUGGUCCAAUCCCUUACACAUGGACGCCUUUCCAGCUGUUCGUCGCAUGGAAGCCGAGGUAGUUCGGAUGUGCCUAACCAUGUUCAACGGAGACGCUGACAGCUGCGGCACUAUGACCUCCGGGGGAACGGAGAGCCUGAUGCUGGCGUGUCUGGCCUAUCGCAAUCUGGCCUACAAACAAGGAAUCAAGCGUCCUGAAAUGUAA